GCCAGAAGAUGAGGUGUUACUUCAACCUACCAAGGUGGUGAGAGAUUUGGAGAAGGACGAUUUAUUCUUGAUCAUGGGCAUUCUAGGAGAAAAGGCUUCGGCCUUUGACAGCAACAAGUUACAACAAUCUCAGACGACCGAGGAAUGGUUCGGCAACUUCAAAGUCUUCUGUCAAUUUCUGGCCAAAAGAAAUGGGCAUGCGGACGUGAAAACGAAGAUCGCCGUUCUUGACACCGGAAUUGAUGCUGAACAUGAAUUCGUCAAGGCCCAUUGGCGCCGAGAUGGAUUGCAAGACCGCGGCUACCAAGACUUUACUGGUGCAGGGACCGAUCCCCAUGGUAGUGACGUGGAUGGUCACGGAACACAUGUUGCUGGUAUCAUCCUCAGAUCUGCUCCCCAUGUUGAUCUAUAUGUUGUCCGCAUUGCCGCUCGUCGCAAAGAUCUUCGCCGUGAUCGAGAGAUUCACAGUCGGGUUGCGAAGGCUCUCAAAUAUGCCAUCAACAAAUUGGAGGUGGACGUCAUCUCCAUGUCCUUUGGACUCGAGGGACGGACCCGGGAGAUUGACGAACAGCUCCGAGCUGCUGAUGGAAAAGGAAUUGUUCUUUUCGGCGCAGCUUCCAACGAUGGAAACCAACAAUUAAUACCCUACCCUGCUAGGAGCCGUUUUGUGUUUGGCAUCCAUGCUUCGGAUAUCGACUGUCAGCCUGCCCGUUUCACUCCUAGCCCUCAAUGUGAUUGUGUGAAUUUUGGCAUUCUCGGAAUCGACAUUCUCUCUAUUUGGUCUCAAAAGUCUAAGGAGUCAGAAGGGGUGAUUGAUAGUCAAGAGCUGGCUGGAAGGGCUAAAUACAUGUCGGGCACGUCAGUGGCAACCCCUCUCGCAGCAGCCUUGGCUGCCAGUGUUCUGACUUACUGCCGGAUGAAUGCGGCGGAGUUGGCCUUGAGAGAGCCAUUGGAGAACUACGACUACAUCUAUCGGGUGUUUAGCGGAAUGAGCGUGGGGUCGGAUGGCGGAUACAAGAUGUUAUUGCCGUGGAAAGGCGAUCGGGGUCGCUUUCGAUCGUACGAGGAGCAUUUGUCAACUAUCAUGCUGGUCACCCUCCUAGAGAGUGCAUAG